AUGGACGACCUUUUAAACUUCAGCGGCGAGAUCAAACAAUUAGCGAAGCACUAUUCGGAGCAGUCCAAUUACCUCGAGUUGUUAACGAACGAGACCGAAGCUGAUUCCGGUGAGAAGGGUUCGGCGAUAGCGACGGAUCUGAACUCCGCGGAAGAGGGGGAGAAGCAGCCGGGCCAUGCGGCAGAGCUCUUGCAGGACGGAAACCUGCUGUGGUUCUCAGGAAGCAUUGAGAAUUACGUGUACUUCGUGUUGAAGAUAACCGGACUAGAACACCACCAAGCUUCCCAAAUCGGUCAGCCCAAGGUCCUGAUCCGAAACCGCCCACUCGUCCAGGUUUCCGUGGCUUACGACAGCCUUAUCUCCGGGCAGACCGUUCGGCACGCCGCGUUUCGCACCAAGAACGACGCGGAUGUUCCGGCAAUACAUCGCCAGACAUUCCGCUCCAGCCGGGCGACGUUCUUCUGCUGGACACCGGAACGAGCUUCCCCAAGCGCUUCCAAGGACGAACGUGCGUUCUCGAUCAUCAAGGGCGUCCCGGACACGUCACCGCUCAAGUCGAAGAAGGUGUGGAUUGCGAUCGGCCUUGCCACCGCCAUGAUUUCGACACAGAUCGCGAGCGGAGCCGCGGACGGCCUUCCUGGAAUACAUCAAUCUGUUCACCGCGGGGAUCAUUACGGCGGGGCUGAUGCUUCUAAGCGGCUGCUAAAAACGGAAAGCAGGCACGUGACAGCAUUGACAGCAUUUGCGUUCGCAUUCUUGACGGCUAUUGAGGCCGGGUGCCGGGAGUCGCGCAGGCUAUUGCUGACGUCCUCGCUGACGUCAGUGAGUGACGCCAUUGGUGGAAAGGCGGCCGCGUUCGUCGCCAAUCACAUUACGACCGCGUUCCUGACCGAGAUCGUGAGAAACAACGUGGCCGGCGCGCUUAUGUACCCCAUAGCCGCUCGACUCGUGGGCGCGCUCGGCGUGGUGCCAUCGCGGGUGACGGUCGUGGUAAUGCUGGGGGCGUCAGCCGGAUUCACGCUUCCGUACCGCUACAAGACCAACCUGAUGGUUUGCCGGUAA